AUGUUCCGACAGAUCCGACACUUUUCCACCUCCCCCCUGGUCCGAAACAACGUGUACUUUAACGUGUCUGCCAAUGGCAACCCCCUCGGCAAGAUCUCGUUCAAGCUGUACAAGGACCAGGUGCCCAAGACGGCGGAGAACUUCCGAGCUCUGUGCACUGGCGAGAAGGGGUUCGGUUACGCCGGAUCCUCCUUCCACCGAGUCAUCCCCAACUUUAUGCUCCAGGGUGGUGACUUCACCAACCACAACGGUACCGGCGGCAAGUCUAUCUACGGCCAAAAGUUCCCCGACGAGAACUUCAACGUGAAGCACACCCGACCCGGUCUGCUGUCCAUGGCCAACGCCGGCCCCAACACCAACGGCUCCCAGUUUUUCAUCACCACCGUCGACACUCCCUGGCUCGAUGGUGCCCACGUUGUCUUUGGCGAGGUCACCGACGGCAUGGAUGUCGUCAAGGCCAUUGAGAAGCUCGGAUCCAACUCUGGACGAACCUCUCAGAAGAUUGUCAUUGACGAUUGCGGUCAGGAGUAG